AUGAUCUCUCUUCUCCGAUUCCUCUUUGCCUUCGUGUGCCUCAUUAGCACCGGGGUUUACGCAGAGAGUCAGACCGACUGCAAUCCCCUCAAUGGCACAUGUCCAAACGACGCUGCGCUUGGCACGGAGCACACAUGGUGGUUCAAUUCAACACUUGACGACAAAUUAUGGAACAUGACCACCGGAGAGAUCGACUACACGAGCACCGGAGCCGACUUUUCAAUCAAAACCGAAAAUGCAUCCACUCUUUUGGUGUCCAACUUUUACAUCUUCUUCGGCGUGAUGGAGGCCCACGUCAAAAUGGCAAAAGGCGCAGGAAUCAUUAGCAGUGUGAUCUUGCAAUCAGACGACCUCGACGAGAUUGACUGGGAAUGGGUUGGAUACAACACGAGUGAGGUGCAAUCUGACUUCUUCGGCAAGGGCAAUACCACGACGAGUGAUCGCGGUGGAUAUCAUCCCGUGUCGAACGCGGACACCGAGUACCACAACUAUACCUCCUACUGGGACAAGGAUCGAUUGGAAUGGUGGAUUGAUGGCAAGUUGAUGCGCACAGUCAACUAUUCGGAGCCAUUGACGGUAUAUGGCAAGAACUAUCCGCAAACGCCUUGCAGAGUCAAGAUUAGUCUCUGGCCAGUCGGAAUCAAGGGACAGACCGAAGGAAACCUUGAAUGGGGCGGUGGUUACGUCAAUUGGACCGACGUCCCCUUCACCAUGUCUGUGCAACGUCUGCGUGUCAAGGAUUUCCAUUCUGGAAAGGAGUAUAAAUACGAGGGCACCACUGGUACCUACGAGAGUAUUGAAGUGAUCAGUGGAAACUCCACAGCCAAGCAAGAAAUUGAAAAGACUCCUAAAAAGACAUUGGCCGAGAAGUGGGCGGACUUGUCCGAGGGUGUCCAUAUUGGUGUGUAUUGCGGAGCCGCCGCAGCUGGAGUGAUCGUAUUCGGCGCAUUCGGUUGGUGGUGCCAGCGACAGCGCAAGAAGGGCCGAUUGCAACGCGCUUUGGACGAUGGACAGAAUGGAGCGGAACUGAAAAGCUUGGAAGCUUAUAAGCUCCAGUGGAGGCAGAGCGAAUGGGGUCAGAAGAGCUACCAACAGGUACCUAACACGUGA